GGCGGCUUCUCCGGUGGGGAGAGGAAGACUAGGGAGUCGCGGGGCGCGGUGGUGGCCGCCGCUGUGCAGAAUGAAAAGAAAUGUUGAGAAAGAAGUGAAGCUGUCCUCCUCUCCCUUGGAUAUUGAUGAUGGGUGUCGGGAAGUCUAAAAUAGACCCCUGCCCUCUCUCUCUCCCCUUGGGGACAAGCCCCAGGGUGGAAAAGAGUCAGGGACUCCAGGAGUCAGCUUCCAAGAAACCGGACGACCUCCCCAUACACGAUCUGGCUGAGCCAAGCCCCACGACCCCGGCCCCGGUGCCUGCUGGGGAACAUGAGGGGGCUGAGGGCCAGGGAGACAUGUUGGAGGGGGAAGAGGAGGAGGAGGAGGUGGAGGAGGAAGAGGAGGAGGAGGUGUUCCUCAAGUUCGUGAUCCUGCACGCAGAGGAUGACAUAGAUGAAGCCCUCAGGGUCCAGAACCUGCUGCAGAAUGACUUUGGCAUCAAGCCCGGAAUCAUCUUUGCCGAGAUGCCCUCCGGCCGGCAGCAUCUGCAGAACUUGGAUGACGCCGUGAAUGGGUCCGCAUGGACCAUCUUGCUGCUGACCGAGAACUUCCUAAGAGACACCUGGUGCAAGUUCCAGUUUUACACGUCGCUCAUGAACUCAGUGAACAGGCAGCACAAGUACAACUCGGUCAUCCCCAUGCGGCCCCUCCACAACCCCCUGCCCCGUGAGAGGACCCCCUUCGCUCUGCGGACCAUCAACGCCCUGGAGGAGGACAGCCGUGGCUUCCCCACCCAGGUUGAGAGAAUCUUUCAGGAGUCCGUGUAUCAGAUCCAGCAGUCUCUGUGGAAGGACACCCGAAGUAGCCUCCGCAGGCAGGUCCUCGCCUGAGACGGAGCCCCCAGCACGCGGCUGGCUCUCGUCUGGGAAAGCCGACCCCUCAUCUCUACAUGAGAAAGCAUAUUUCUGGCAAGAGGUUGGCAGAAUUUUACAGAAACACAGGAGCUCAAGCACGAGACGUUUCUGCAGGACAUUGUAUAGACUUUGGAGGUGCUCUUUGAUGCCUUGGAUAAACUUGAGACUGUCCAAGCUUCGAGAACAUUCCUCUCACGGUUUUCCUGGUCCACGCAUAUCACAAAGGAUAGCCUUAGUUCAUAGCCCUGGUAUCUGUCCUUGAACACAGACUUCUGUGGGAGACGUUGUACAGAUACAAUGAUGCUUUCAUUUUGUUCGCAAAGGAUGUGCGGGAGAGGAGGUCCCCGGGAGAUCUGACCACCCUUCCUGAGGAGGCCCCAGACAGAAAUGUCGCAGCCAGGGUGACUGGUAUCAUCGCCCAGAAAUACAGAGAGCCCAAUGAGAACAUUCAGAACGUUGAGUAGUGAUACUUGCAAAACAAAAAGCUGAUGCGAGAACGGUGGGGCGUUUUACAAGAAUCCAGCCAACUGUGUUCUUUCUGCUGGACUUGGGGGAUUUGGAGACAGUGCCUAGCCCUGACUAGCCACCCAUCUGCUGGCGUUGUUGUUAGGGACGCCGGGGAGCCAUGUUGUGAGGUCCCCUGGAGCCUCAAGCUCUUGUGAUGUCAUCCGUAACUAGGGCUUUACGUGUGGGGCUUCUGAACAGUUCCGUGUCCCUGACUGUGAGUUCUCCUUCGUCUCUCUUAGGACAGCCUUGAGAAAUUCCUCUCACUCCCAGUGCCCUACCAGGAGGUGUUCCUCAGCUCGGUGAUCAGAGUAGCCUGACCGCGUGCAUGUACGCUGUGGGUUAUUCCUAGACUCAGGAUGGAAGCAGGAGACGCAUUCUGUGGCCUCCUCUUCUGUGUCCCACACCCCCAGCACACCACACAGGCCCACAAAGCCCUGUUGCUUCCCCUCCUGCCCUCCUGCGCCACCUGUGGCUGAAGGAGAGCCAUCAGGUAUGGAUGGGAGAUGGGAUGGGGCGGGAGUCACACCGGGUAACUAGGAAAGCGCCCACUGGGGGACCAGGAGACCUGGUUCCAGUCUAGUGUCUGCCUCCAAGGCUGAAUGUGACCUUCCCCUCCUUUAUCUGUGAAAUGAAAGGCUUGAAUUGAUGGAGCUCCAAAGGGCCUGUGUCCUCUCUCAGAAUGUGAACAAGUAGGAACCAGAAAAGGGAACAAGCAAAUAAUAAUAAUAAUAAUAAUAAUUUUGUAGAGUGAUGUGUAAUAAGUUUCAGGAGGUGUGAGAUCAGCUCCCAACAAAAGGAAACGCUAAUGUGUUUACAGCAUAACUGAUUUCUGAUGCUAUCUGUUACACUUUAAUAGUUCCAAGAGAAUUACAAUUCUUGCCUCCUCAGAUUCUUUUAAAAUACAUUGUUUUGUAGGGACAGUUGAGCGAAGACGGUCUGCCUGAUUUUUCUUUCUCCUUAUCCUCACUUCUGCGUGUCUCCUCCCGGCGCUGGGGUCUGCUCACAUCUUUCUCCAUCCACCUCUCCACAGCCAUCACCAAAUGUUCCAGGAGGAACUUUUUCCGUAAUCCUGCAAGUAAGUUAAAACCUCCUCCUUCACUAGUACUCCUUGAACAAGAGAUCGAUUUCGUCGUGCAGGGACGUUUUCUUAAAAGUCCCUUUCUGUCAUAGUCGCUUACUACUUACUUUUCUUUCUCAGUUUUAAUGGUGUUCUUCUUA